AUGGCUGCCUGCAAGAGUGUUGUUGUUCUUUGCCCAAAUGCACGGCGACAAACAGUGAAAGUUGGCCCUACGACAACUAUACUACAAAUUUUAGAGGAGGUUUGUAAAAAGCAAGGUUUAUCAUGUCAGGAAUAUGCUAUAAAGCAUCAAAGAAAGAUUCUGGAUGAGACUUUACCAAUAAGGUAUUCAGGACUGUCUAAUAAUGCACACCUUGAGGUGGUGCUACACACAAAGACUGUCAAAAAUGAUGCACCAUGUACUAUAGCACUACAACUAGCAUCUGGAGAAAGACUUUUGAAAGACUUCCCUCCAGAAUACUCUUUAUGGGAUGUUAUUUUAUAUUGGAACUCUCAAGAAGAUAGUCCUCACCAUGAAAAGUUAACAGGASAAAAAGGACAAGAGGCUGUCUGUGUUUAUAUGACACAAAGAGUAAGUGGAGAGCAUACAUURAAGAAUACAACCCUGCAUAGUCUUGGUCUGACUGGAAAAAGAGCCAUUAUCAGAUUACUUCAUGAAGUAUCUACCAUCUCUAGUGAACCUGCUGUCAUUGAACCUAAAAAAUCUUCAAUACAAAAAGAAUCAUUUCCGGAAUCCUCCAAUCAGUCUWGUCMKAUUACUGMAACAAAUGUACAAGCAAAAGAUAGGCAAUUGCCAUCUGGUAUUGAAGAAGAGAUAUCAAAUGUAACUCCASUAGCACAAGACAGACACAGACAAUUGGACUCCAAGACUGUCAGUCCUGAUAGAGCUGCAAGAGAUCCAAAAAGAAYCAGAAUUGCUGGACCAGAUCCUUUGUUUCCUGACUUUAAGUUUCCAGAUCGUCCUGCUGUUAAGAUUUCUGAGACUCAAUCAUCACUUGUAACUGAAGAAAGGCUUCAUUUUCUUGCUACACCUUGUGAGCGAUGUCCUGUUGUAUUUAAAGAAGAUGAUCAAACUUUAACAGUAAAAGACCAAGACCUACCAGACUCAUUUUAUGAUGUAACAAUUGAAGACUUACGAAAGAUGUUACAAGGUUUACAAAGUGAAAGGGUGAAAUCACAAGACAUGCCAUUAUUGACAAAAGCAAUGCGAGAGAGUCGSCGGCUUGAGGAAAUGUGUAAAUAUGAAAGAGUAGUGAUUCGUGUGAAAUUCCCUGACAGAUUUGCUUUACAAGGCUUCUUUAGACCACAAGAAAAAGUGUCUGCACUAAUGGAGUUUGUCAAGUCCCAUUUACAAGAUCCAGGCAUUUCAUUCUAUUUAUAUACAACUCCACCAAGGACUGAACUGAAGAACAAGAAUGAUACCCUUUUUGAUGCUCAUUUAUGUCCAGCUUCUCUUGUGUACUUUGGUUGUAAAGAAAAGAAAGAUCACUUCUUAUCCAAUCAUCUCCUUAGUAAUGUUGCAACAGCAUUAGAUGCAGAGAAAACUGUCUUAGAUUCUGGCAUCCGUGGUUCUGGUACCUCUAGACCAUCCACAGAUCACGGCACAGAGCAUGACAUUAACUCAUCAACAACCACAAGUAAUACAACAAAUGAACAUAUAGCCAUCCAGUCAAAUAACUCAGUACCACCCCCAGGGGGAUCUGGUGGUAAGGUACCUAAAUGGUUUAAGGGAGUAGGAAAAUGAGAGAAAAUUGAUUGGAUAUGCAGAUUAAUAUUAUUAGAAUCAAGACAAAAUAACACUGUUACAAUAGUUAAAUCACAUAUGCRUUGUUUAAUAAUAUAAGAUUUAUGCAAUAAAAUGUGAAAUAAAGAUUAUCAGUUGUGUUU